AUGUCGGAUCCGCUUUCUGUAACAGCGAGUGUCGUCGGUAUUGUAGGCGCACUGCUACACGGCUCGAAGCGAUUGUACGAGUUUAUUGACUCCCUCCAAAAUGCCCCAAAGGACAUCGCCGCGCUAUCGACCGAUUUGAGAGCUUUAUAUGGGAUUCUCGCCCAUAUUACAAAUGUCCAGGAUAGGCUAUCUAGUCACCUCGACCUCUGCGCCAGCUUAAAAGCGCCCUUGGAAAAUUGCUUGGAAAUAUUCGACGAGUUUACUACCUUGCUACAGGGUUUUACUGAGACCUCAAGAAAUGGGACCAUUCGAAUCCGAGUCUGGAGACAAAUGGCCUGGGCUUUCAAAGACAAGGAGAUCCAGCUUUUCAGAGAUACGAUUACGACAUAUAAAGUCUCAUUAGAUAUGGCGUUGAGUGCCAUGACAUUUUCUACCAUUGUAUCAUUGAAUGAACGGACCAAAAGAUUCGAAACAAAAUUCAAAGAGGAGUUCAAGGACAUCAAAUCAAAACUGCAAGCCUUGGACUACGACCGUGUGGAAUUGGCUAGCCUAGCAGGGCGUAAAGGUUCUGAAUGGCAUGGAACAGAGGCCAAUUUUGCAAUGAUCCGUUUCCUCGAGUAUACUGAGUCACUCUACGAUUCACCUCCAGCCUCCUUCCCUGGAUCCCCAAUUCAGGAUUUGUCUGGGGACUGGGAUGCCCUUGAUACACAACUAGCGUUGAGGGAUACGGCAUCAUCAUGCCAACGCGACGACAUCAACAACACCGUGUCAUCCACUGGAAAGAAAUACGUGGGACUAUCCAGUGAAAAAGAAUCUUCCCAGCUCAUUAUCUGUCGAUUCAAUCCUGAUUUACCUAAGGCUGAAGAAAGGAUGCCAACGUGGAUGGAAGAUCUGUUGCUGGGACCGGCAAAACCAUUUGCUGAUUCAGAAUCUGGGAGUCCUUUCAGCAUUGAUCCCGGCUCGAAAAGACCGAAUCAAGCCACGGAUCAAGACAAUGAGGUAGACCAGCUGCCUAAGGACAAGGCUUCCUCUCCCAAGCCCUCCUCCGAGACCAUACAUGAUAAGUCCAGGGCUCAAAUAUCCACUGCCUCUGCCGGUCUAACAACACCUGGAUCAAAAGACGUCUAUAGUCCAAGCGGGUUUGACGUCUUCAAAGCCCUUCAUCGAGUUAUUACUCGGAAGGAUCCGCAGUUCGAUAUCGGCCAAAUCAGAAUGUCCUGCUCCUUUGUCGUCUGUGACAUUACGCUAGAAGACUGUCCCAUAGUUUAUGUCUCUUAUAGCUUUCGGGCACUCACAGGGUAUAGCCGACAUGAGGUUCUUGGUAAAAACUGUCGGUUUUUACAAUCGCCGGAUGGCAAGGUUGAUAGAGGCCGGCCUCGGCCGUUCGUGGAUAGUGGUACUGUGUAUGACCUCAAGAAGAAUGUACAGGAAAGACGAGAAAUCCAGGUAAGUAUAAUCAACUAUCGGAACGGAGGUAAACCCUUCAUGAACUACCUCAGUAUUAUCCCUAUACCCUGGGAUACGGACGAGAUUCGGUACUAUGUCGGUUUUCAGAUAGACCUGGUCGAAUAUCCUGAAGUUUUAACAUUAGGAUAUGUGUAG